GCCCACAACAAUAAUGGUCAACAUGAACGUGAGGUCAAUGGGACCCUUCUCAGAAAAACAAGAGUCUUACUCUAUGCAACUGUACCUGCGCCAAGUGUGGUUCGACCCGCGCCUCCGCUUCAACAAGACGGACCUCAGCAAGGCGGAGUUCUCCAUGAAUUGGAUGUUCGCCGCCAAGCUCUGGAAGCCCGACACCUUCUUCAUCAACGGCAAGAACUCCUACGCCCACAAGAUCACGGCGCCCAACACCUUCAUCCGCCUCCAGCACGACGGACAGAUCACGUGGUCCCUCAGGCUCACCGUCCGCGCCAGCUGCAAGAUGCACCUCCGAAAGUUUCCCCUCGACACCCAGCUCUGUCCCCUCAGCCUCGCCUCCUACGGGUACAACGCCGAGGACAUGGUGUACAAGUGGGCGCCAUCCAUGGUGACGGUGGACCCGGACGUGAGCAUCGCCCAGUACGAGCUCUUCAACAUCUCCACGGGCAAGGACCGGGUGGUGGUGCAGCGCAAGGAGAACAGACGGCCAGAAGUGGUCUCAACUCUGAGCGUCAAAUUCCACCUGAAGCGGCUGACGGGCUUCUUCCUCCUCCAAGUGUACGUGCCGUGCAUCCUGAUCGUGUGCUGCUCCUGGGUCGCCUUCUGGAUCACCAAGAAGGACGUGCCGGGGAGAGUGUGUCUAGGUAUCACCACUGUGCUAGUUCUAACCAAGAUGGGAUUUGCUGAACGCGCAUCCUUGCCUAAAGUCACAUACGCCGUGAGCUUGGACUACUUCGUGAUCCUCUGUUUCACAUUCGUCUUCGGCGCCCUCGUGGAGUUCGCGAUGAUAAACUUCCUGGAGCGGAGGGCGAAACGGCACCAGCAGCAGAUGGUGAAAGCCAAGAAAGACUUAGAGGAGCGUGCUAAGGCCGGGAGUGCUGAUGACGAGUUGAUGGCGGCGGAGAAGGACGCGACGAUGAUGGUGACGACAACGGUGAGGGAGGACGGCGGCGUGGGCAUCGGCGCCUCGCUCAAGGAAACCCUUCGAGUCCCUCUCUCCGUCGUGCCCCUGAGCGUCCGUCCUAUCGAGGAGGGAGAGGCGUCCGAGGCAGGGACGCCCGACAGGCAGGCGACGCUGAAAGAGGCGCUCAGGCUGCCUCUCGCCCUGGUGCCGGAGACGCUCGGAGCCAUGAAGAAGAUGGAGAUGGAGGGCGCCGCCAAGAAGGAGGAGAAGGAGGAGGUAGUGAGGUUGAGGAGUGCCGCCGUGUCUCCGGUAAGGCAGGAGGGUGAGGAGGACAGUGGGAGUGGAGGUGUGGACACCAGUGUGGUGAGUGGGGAGAUAGACCCAAUGCUGGGGAGUGGGCGGGUGUCGCGGGAGGGCGUGCUCCCCCUCUCCCGCAGCGACAGUGGCAGCAUCACCAGCAAAGGCAGCCUCUUUAAGUUUAAGAAAGAUUCCAAACUGAAGAAAGACAAGUCGCAGGACAGUGAGAGUGACUUGACAGUGAUCAAGGUGGAGAUACAGUCCGAGGACGAGGACACCACCGCCCUCCAGCCGCCCCCGCCGCCCUACACCAUCUGGCAAAUGCUCAUGCGCAAGAAAAAGCUCAUUUCGGAAAUGUCGCUGGCCAACAACAUCCCGUCGGAGGAGGACGUGCUGGAUCGCUUCUCCAUCAUUGACCUGUACGCCCGCCGCCUCUUCCCCUCCUCCUUCUUCAUCCUCUUCACCAUCUACUGGGUGCUCUUCAACUACUAUAUCACGGACGAGUUCCCGCACGAGGACGGGCCCGUGGAGAGCCUCGCGCACGGCGACUAGCCCACCCUGCGCCGGGAGGACGUGACGCUCCUCCCGGCGGCGACAGAGGAGGCGGUGUGGGCGUGACUUCCCUCUCGGUCGCGGCGAGUCUCGGCAGCACGCAUGGCCGCCAGGGCCGCUGCGGGCUGGCGCGGGCGUACGGCCCUGAGCCUGCAGGGCGCGGGGGAGGUGAAGGCUGAGGGUGAGUGCAGACAGACUUUGCCACGGAACAAUGGUCCAAGAGGUGUUAUGGCGCUUCCUUCCGUCGCGUGGCAUCGAGAAGUGACGCCAGCCAUCCAAUCACAGCAGGGAUACUGUUUCACCCACCAUCUGAUUGGUCACUGACGUCCCACUACACCUUCCCUCCUUCCUUCCCUCUAGCAGCACUCACCGUCGACGACACGGUACUUACUUAAUAUCCUUCAGACGUAGCUAUAACAGUAUAUCAUCAACACAAAUAUAUGUAACCAGUGGUAUAUAUAUCCUAUACAUAAAUGUGAAGACCUAAGGCAUAACUAUAUCAUCCGUCAACAGACAUUCACUCCAUAACACUACCAUUUUAGACGCGUAGGAGUAUAGAUCACGUGCCAUCAUUCUCAUUACUAUGCUGCACAAGUAUAUUGCAAAGCCACUUGCGAUAUAAGUUUUUCAAUAGAGGAAAAGAAACAGCAAAGUUCCGUGUACAGAACGCGACACUGAGGACCAAACUUUAGCUCACCCAUAAUGACAAAAUCUUCACCAUCACCGGAACAGUUUUGAAUCAGAUCACUCACCUUUGGGCUUUCCUGAACCGGCGGCGAGCACGGCGCCUCGACGCCUGCCACCGCCAGGCCUCCCUCCGCCCGCCGCACCGCGGGCCGCUGGGCGCCGGACCCACCUCGUCGGGGGUAGCCGCGGCGGGCGGCAAGCGAGUCGGCCUGCCAGGCGAUCACCCGGGCGCCGGCCGUGGCCCUCGAACAUAGCGACCACUGGGUCACGGGCUGUGGACGGCCGGUUCAGCGUUUUCUUAUCGUUUUCAGUAAAGCCUCACUUUGUUAGACCUCAAGCUUGAUUUCGUUGGAAGCCUCACAUAAUAAGAUAUACACUCCACACUGACAGACGCCAUAUAUAUAUAUAUAUAUAUAUAUAUAUAUAUAUAUAUAUAUAUAUAUAUAUAUAUAUAUAUAUAUAUAUAUAUAUAUAUAUAUAUAUAUGAGCAUGGGAUGAAGCGCAUUAUACACCGCGACAUGUGUGGGCGUGGUGUUGGUGGUGGUGGUGGUGGUGAGGGGGAGCACGCCCACCGCGGCUCGCCCCCCUCGCCGCCCCGCCGCCGCUCUUCUUCGUCUCCACCUGGAACAGACAAACGCCUGAGCCUGAACAUAGUAUACAUAAGUGUAAAUAAGAAUAUUUAUGUUAAGAAUCAUUAUGUCAUAGAAAACGGAGCCUUCUAUAAGAGUAUUUUAUCCGUAAGGACUUUGUUAAGGAGUAUCAUGACGCUUAGCACUAAGUCCCGCCAACACCUCAUCUUGUCAUUGUCUUUCGGGGGUCGGAGCGAAGAUGACCGAAAACUUUUGGGACUCGAACCCUGUGUCGAGAUUGAGCCCCUCGCUGCAGGGUUCACAGGCCACAAACCCAAACAGUUGAUGCAUUUCAAGGGGGAAGGGGAAGUGUUUUGUAACAUUAUGUCUUACUCUGGAUUCCCCUGUUGUGUUUCAUGUCACUGUUUCGGUCUCUUUAAAACGCCUGUCUGGGACUUUCUUCUUUCUUUUAUCAAAGCGUUUUUUUAAAUACGAUGAGUCAAUAGCAAACUGUUUUCUAUUUUUUCAGUAAGUGUAAGUCGACGUUUACGAGUAGCCUCCUGAGCCCUCCUGGACGAGGGUUUGAUUCUCUCUGGAACACUCGAGUCUAAGGUCCGUGCAUUCACGCGGCAUUAACAGUUAUCCAAAUCCGAGAGUGAAGAAGAGAAAAAAAAAUCUGUCACUAAUUUUCAACCUCAAAAAAAGAAAGUAUUUGUAAAAUGUUUCCAAACAUUAAUAUAUCUUUUUGUCUAUCUGACAGAUCGAUGUUUAUACCCUCCCAUACUCUUGCAUAUUUUAUCAAUAUUGCUGCAAUGUUUUCAUGAAUAUUACCCAAACACACCACCACCACAUCGGCCAGGUAGCCUUUCCUUCACGUUUAUAAAUUCUUUUUGCAUCAGUCCUCCAUCCCGGUGAUAAUGAUCCAAACUGUCCCAUCGCAAGGCUCCAGCACGUCACUCUCGCUCAGCCUGUUCUCGGCACCAGCCAAGAAAGACACCGCCGACUGAAUUCAAAUUAACUUCACAAAAUGGCCCCGCCCACUCCAGUCCAGGAACCACGGAUACGAUUUAACCUUUCCCAGCAUCCACUACCUACAUGCAGCCAUACUUUAAGAUUGGGCAGUAGCAUACAUUUAUCGGGAAAGGAGGGGGGGGGGGGGUGCCUCAUUCGCGAGGUUAAUCAAAAAGUGAAUAUCUGACACCAGGCCGGCCGCGACGGGUCCGCAACCACGGGGAUAUCUCACGGCAAAGCUCAGUCACUCUUUCCUUUGGGGUUUCGAAAAAUGAGUUGGUUCCUGCCUUCUGGAGACGAUUAGCGUAAGAAAAACCUUUAAGACUUUUAAAUGACAAAAAGGAGUUUCCUCUUGUUUAUCAUUGUUGUACUCAGCACCGCGCCGGGUUUGUUCCGUUCUCUUUUUAUCAUUGUUUCAUUGUUGUUUUUAUAGGAUCCCUCAACUGCAUCAGGUCACCAAGUUACUGCCUUCAUUACCCUCACCUUCGGUUGCCUGUCUGACAACACACGUGAUAGUUUUGACUGUUUAUUAUGAUUAUCCUUCCAUUCUGUUUUCACAUCGAACCUGAGUUGACUGUGUCCGAGCCUUUCUUUUCCGUUCCUCGGUCAAGACAAACUCGUUGUUGACUUACAGACACAAACCGGACGUGUUCUCUUCAAACUUUUAUUUAUGUGGAAUGCAUUUUACGAAUUAUCUCUAUUGAUUCUUUCUGUUGUUUUCAAUCCAUCAUUUUCUUCAAGCAGCCUCCAAGUGAUCGCAGUACACUGCAUGAUUUCAUUUAUGUAUUUUACAUGUUUGUUGGUCUAUUUCUUUUAUCUUCCAUCCUCCUGAGUAGCUUUCACCGCCUCCACACCGACACACCUCCCCCAAAACACUGCUACUACUACAUACCACACAAACACUUCGAGUAUAGCUCUCACCACAAUGUACCACACCCACCCCACUGCCACUGACACACACCACACCAACACUGAGUAUAGCGCUCACCACCACACCACAACACCACAUCACUACACCACUAUUGCAACACCACCACGCCACCACCCCAAUACCACCUCAUCAACACCACCACACCACCACACAAACACACCACUAACAACACCACCACUAACACCAGCCCCACCACACCACAACGCCCUACUACACCAACACAAUGAUGAGGGUUAACCACCACACCAACGCUCACACACCACACCACAACACACCACGCCACACCGACACACCACACCACACCACACCGUCACCCCACGCCGUCACCGCCACACAAACAGCACCAUCCGGGCCCUGGGAGAGCUUCCACCUUCCUCCUACCUGUUCCCAAAGACUCAUUAAGUAAAUUUACUGAAAUA